CUGGUGCACGCCGAGGAGCCUCAGUCGACCGCCACCCUUCGUGACCGACGGUUCGUUCGUGUCGUUCUCCAUCUCGCCAGGCGCAGAGAAAGAGAGGGCAAGAGAGACAGAGAGAGAGAGAGAGAGAGAGAGAGAGAGAGACGAGGGAGGGGGAAAAGAAGGAGGAAGGAGGAUCACACACCUGCCGGAGUGUUUAUUCUUCAGCGCGCGAGAGCUCCAGCUGAAAUACCUGCCGAGAGGAAGAGGCAGAGAUUCCGGAGCGUUCCCAAGUGCGUCUCGACAUCCGAUGCGCGCGAGCCGCGAGCGCAAGGCGGACGGGGUGCGUGUCGCGUGUUAAGGGUGCGUUGGCCGCACGUCUAUUCGACCCUCGCAGUGCGAAUUACCAUGCGCCAUCGACGAGUCUGAAGCGGAACAGCCGACGACAAACUCCGAGAGCGAAUUCGAAGCAGUCGCCAAGUCAUCUUAAUUGCAACAAUGAACGGGCCGGUUUAUGCGUCAUCUUGUCCCGCAUUGCAGUCGAAUCUGUCGCUGCACAGCUCGUCCUACUACAGCGAGUACAGCGGCACCACGCGAAGACGGCUAUCCUCGACGGGCGAGGCAGACACCUCCGCUACUUCGAGCUACGAGGGUAGCGACAGCUCCGAGAACAGCGACGAGUCCCGCCUCGAUCCGGUCAGUCAGAUGGAGCGCGAGCAACUCGAGACCUUCUUCCGCGGCUUAAAAUCGCAGGUGUUCGUCUGCGAGUCACUGGCGAAUCUGUAUCUCGGCAGCGCUUCUCAGACGGAAAGGUGGGAGCUUCGCUUCACCGGGAUACCCGUGGUGGUGCUUGAUCUCGGAGAGACGCGAUCGAGAUCCAAGAGGCGGAUCCAGAUCCUACUGGCGGAACGCGGCACUUGCUUCACCCUUUGGCGCGAGACCAUCGACAAUCUGUCGUCGUACAAGGUGUCGGGGCCGGCCUUCCACACCAUGUGUCUCUCCUCGGACCACACUCGCCUGGCAGGGCUCAGCUUCGACAACUCCAAGGCGGCGAACGACCUCUGGCAGCACAUAGAGCGCCUGGUGUCCUGCCCGGAGAACAUCAGCCUGUCGGUGCCGGGCAAGAAGAAGAAGAAGCCGGUGCAGAAGAAGGUCGUGCUGCCGGCCAAGAGCAACAUCAGUCAGCCGUGCCAGUUCCAGCACGUGACCAGCGUGGACGCGGCCGACCGGUCGCGGUACUUUUCGCUGCAGACGCUGGUGCCCGCCCUGAGCGAGCUCGAGAGCUCGUUGGAGGCGAACUUCUGAGACAAGCCCGACGCCUCCAAGCUCUCCUAGGGACGCAGCGCGACGCCCGACUCCCGCCGUCCACCCCGCAAGUAAUCACCGCGGCCGGCCGGCCGGCGAUCGGCACGGCGGGACGGCACAGGGCUCGAGGUCUCGAGGACUCGAUGUCCUGGGAACAGGAGACGAGAGAGCACAACGGCAGGCGAGAAAAGCAAGCGGAAGAUUACACCGCGGACUCGAUGAGAUCGACACCUUUCAUCUUCCCGCUGCUCCUCCUCCUCCUCCUCCUCCUCCUCCUCCUCCUCCUCCACCUGCGACGCGCUACUUGUAGAAGAAGAUCCUGCAGACGCGUGGGGUGCGGAGGGAGAGGAGAUAUAUCGACGAAGCUUUAACGUACGACGUAGAGGAGACGGAAGGCACACUUGUGUCUCGAGGAGUUCCUCAGGAGCUCCGUCGUAGUUUUACUCGAAUUUAUCUUCAUCUCUUCUCGUGUCUCUUCCGAUAUAAUCAUCGUCUAAUUAGUUGGUAAGAGUUAAGGGCCGAGCGAGAGUCCUGUCGCUCUCUCGCGCGCGUCACGCCUCAGCGCCGUCCUGAGACGAGGAGCGGCGGGAGGUCGAAAAGCGGAAAGCGGGGGCGAAGGGCCACGAAGGGAGAGACGAAGAGGCGUGAACUCGCUCGCGACAUUCGCAGGCGCGGAGGAGGAGACACGUCCUCCUCCGGAAGAAUAUAAUCCGUCAGUGUCGCGCGGUCGCGCGCUGCGAGAUUGUCCGCGGGCCAAGACGGGAGUAGCGUUCAUCAAUCCUCCCUCGGUUCGGCGAGCGCGAGUGUGUGCUCCGUCUCUCCUCCUCUCUCCAUCUUUCUUUCUCGAGGAAGAGACGUCCGCGACUGCGACCGUCGACUGCGAGCCGCGGGCGAAACAGAAAGUUACCGCCCGAGGCGGCUCUCUGAGUCACGUCCAGCGUUCUGCUCUCUUCGAGAGUCCUUCGGAUCCCCAUCGCGUCCAUUCGGAUAGCCAUCGGUGUCGUGAGACUUAUUAUAAGCGCGAAGAGAGGAAGUUCUGUGCGAAACGUCAAGUCGAUACGUCAGUAAUUCGCGAUAAUAGCUCUCGUCUGGAGAAGAAAAAAAAAGAGAAAGAAACGUUGGAGUUCCGUUUGCGAAGGAUGCCAUUGUGCGGAGAAGACGCUCCUCAAAGAGAGCGUAAUACUUCUUCGUCGGAGAUUGUUUCGUCAUCGUGGUCGUUGCGUCACGUUUGUCCGGGAUUUUUACAUUUUCGCGCAUUGAGCGGGAAAAGAGCGAUCGAUCCGAGCGACGGGUCGAAAGCCGAAGGCGAUGUUGAUGAGGCCGUGCGCGAUUAAAUCCGCGAGUAAAUCCGCGCGUCGGCAGGUUCGCUUCGCUCGAAAGCGGGAAAUAAUAAUUGCCGCCGUUUGCUUUCUUACUUCGCACACGGUACGCGUUCCCGUUGGAAGUGUUCAAGUAGGACGGCAGCGAUUCUCUUCCCGCCUCUCCGUGUCGCGCUUUGCAAUUCGAAUCGCGCGCGCGAGAUGUAAUGUGGGAAAAAGAACGGACGACGAAUGACGCCGAAGACGCGCGAGAUCUUCAGAGCAAACGACGGGGAGCAGGCGGCUCUCGCAAGUAUAUCAUGCAAAUGUAUGCGGCCUCGUACCUCGGCGUCGCAUCGGCUGUAUACACAUUGUUGCCGCUCGUUGUGAGGAGAAAAAAAAAAAAAAAAAAAAGGAAAGGCUUUCUCUCCGCGACGGCCGAGGGAAACACGGCAGCUCUCGCAGGCUGCGUAAUUAGGAGGCGCGCGCGUUGCCGCGCGCGGUGAAAAUGGCACUCUGAGAGCGGCACUUUAAAAGUGCGCAGCACACACGGUGCGCGAACAAUCGCGACGUGAAUCGCGUCAUUACGAGUUACGUUAAAGAUUUGAUGCUUCAGCUCGGCUGAUUCAGCGCGCGAAGAGGCCAAUAGAGUACGGAACGCGAAGUACUUAUGGAGAUGGAGUGGCAAUUAUCUUUGAUUAAAGGAAAAGCUUGGUUCGUUUUGCCUCGCUGUAACUCUGAGAAGCAGAAGGCCGAUUUUCAGCCGCUGAUUCAGCUUAGCGGAGAAAGAUGACGCAAUGUGUUUUUAGGUCGACGAGGAGUCGGAAUGUUUCCAAGUGUCAUCCGCGCGGUUCUCGCGGAAUAAGCAGUCGUGCGGAAAGGAUGCCGCGAAAGGGAUAUCGAAGCGGAAAUGGCGGAAACGCCAGUUUUCCUUCAUGAUCAAAGCGCGAUUAAUUAACGAUCCCCCGUCGCGGGGGAGCAAGAGUGCGUGUAGCGAUACAUCGACAGGCGUCCACGGGGUCGAUAAAUCAAAGUGCUGCAAAGAAGGUUCAUGCGAAGUAAAUCGUAAGAUUACGAGCGACAGCGCGCGCUGGAAGCGGACAUUGUGUGCCAAAGUGUGCAAAUCACAGAUCGGGGAGAGGAGGGAGAUUUGGUAUUCUGUCGAUGAAUCUGUCGGAGACUCGGAAGAUCGAAGUGUACCGAGCGCUUCCAUCACUAAGAGACUAGGAAUUGUCAGUCCACGUCGGAAUCCAUGCAGGAUUUGCAUGUAUUUGUACGAUCGAACCCAAGCGAGUUCAGCAGCGAUCCAGUGCGCUCUCGUAACGCUCGCACGUAACGUAUCACGAUGUUAAAUAGAUUUAACUAACUAACUAGAUAGAAUUAUAGCCGGAUUGUGUGACGUGCAUGACGUGUCCAAAUGUAGCGAAUUCUACUUCCUACCGUUUCGGGUGCCGUUGAUGUGUCUCCGUAGAUGCGCCGGUAGAACUUCUCGAUCUUGUUGUCGGCCGCUCCGUCAAACACGUUGAAACGCGGCGGUUCGUCGUUGACCCUGUCCAAGUGAAGUAACAUCCUAGCAUCCUUGCCGACUUCUGAAACAAACAUAAAGGGAAAUGUUCUUCUGUAGAUGCGAGCGGAAUCUUUGCGUAUUGCGUUGAUGCAAAUGUCGUGUCUUUGGUAGAAAAGGAUCGAUGAUUACAUGAUUACACAUACCGAGAACGAUAAUAUCCAGAAUGUAAUAUUCUUUUUGUACGACGUAUAAUUGUAAAAGGGGAAAGAGAGGGAAUAACACUUUACGAUUCUACAUAUUUUCAAUCUACGAUUGUCCGCCAAAGUAUCGCAUCAUCCUAGUAUUUAUCUACCGACCGAUAUACGAUAUCGAUUGGGUUGUUCUUUUUUUUCCUUUCUCCGUUCGUUAUGUUGUUCUGAAAGAUGUUCAUUUCACUUAGUGUCAUUUCGCUUAGACGUAAUUAGUCCGUAAUCGACGAAAGCGAAGGUGUCUAUUUAUACCUUCUCCUCGAGAAGCGGCUUCCUCGCUUCUGGAGGGAGUCCUGCGCGAGCAAAAGCCUUGUUGUUUCGCGACGUUCGCUAGAAGACUGGCUUCACCAUCCCACGUAUAGGCACAGUUAACAAUAGGUACCUUUCGUAGCGAUAGCGAUCAUUAGAGCGACUUGUGACUCUAUCCUUUAGAAAUCAUCCACGCGACUCGUUCGACGUCUCUUCGGCAUCGUCAUCGUCAUCGUCAUCGCGCCUCGAAACUGCCGUUUCGCUGAGCGUAGGAACAAAGCGCGCGAGUUUCACCUUAUCCACGCGAAUCAAAUCUCUAGCAAUUAAGAUUAUAAUUAGCGCGUCAGCGUAUCUCUAAGUUAGGCUCGCCCAGGGAGGGAAGGGUGGCAGUUUUUUCUCUCUCGUAUUGUCUCCCAGACGGACGUAAUACUUUCCAGCGGGAUUUUUGUACGUGUAUGCACUUUGGUCACGUGAGUCGCAGGUUUCUUUCGGCGGGGAAUCCCGGGCGAUUAUCCUAGGAACUUAAGUAAAUAAUACACAACUUCGAGUUAUAAAGUUAAUUUCAUUAUCUACGACUGUGAUAUAAAUAUAUUUGUAUCGUUACGUUUCGUAACAUGUAUCCGCAUUGAUUAAUCACUUGGAGGAAUAAGUUUAUGAAUAUCGUAUGUAAUAAUAAUUAUUGUGCUAAUAAAUAGUAACUUCAUGAAACGGA